UAUGAGUUAAAAUGUUAAUUUAGGUCAAAGUACUGUUUCUUCAAGAUAAUUUGCAUAAGAUUUACAACAUUUAGUCUUACCAAAAGCAGUUACUUAAACAAUUAGUGAAGGAGAUGAUUAAAUUUAAAAAGUUGAAGAACAUAUAAAAAAGGAAAAAGCAAAAAUAGAUAUGGAUUUCGAUUAAACUAUUAAUGAUAUGGUUGAAAUGUUUAAUUAAUAAAGGAAAAAAUUACAUGCGAAAUUCGAUGAUUUUUUCUGUUUAUAUAGGGAAAAUUAUAUAAAUUUAAAUAAUAGGGUUGCCAAUUUUAAAGAUAAAUCAAGAUUAGUGUCUAAUAAAUCAAAUAUUAAUGCACCAAAUUAGAAUAUAAGUACUUUAAAUAAUGUAACUUUUUAUGGAAAAGAGCCUUGUUCUACUGAUACUAUAAUAAAAAUAAAAGACGAGAAAUGCAAUUUGUAAGCUUCUAUAGACAAUAUAGAAAAAGAAAUCGAGAAAAAGCUCCUUAAUUUCCUCUCGGACGAGCUUUCGAAAUAAUCAUAUCAUAUUCCUUUAUAUAACCACUCAGAAACUUCUCAAAUAUUACUAACAGAAAUCAAAAUGAAUAUAAUAAAUUCCCUUAGUGAAUAUUUAAGAAAUUUCAACCAUUUAGUAUAUACAAAUUAAUUCUAUGAUUUUAACUAUAUGUCCGUAAGUCCCAAUAUUACGUCUUUGAUAUCGGAAGAUAGGACUUCUGUUAUAGGGGAUUAUAGACCUUAAAAAGGUCUUUAAUUGUAAAUAGAAGCUAAAUUUUCAACUUCCCAUAAUGAUUCGAUUUUAUGUGUUUUUGCAUUAAAUGAAGAUACUAUAGCCACAGGAUCCAAAGAUUGCUCAAUUAAAAUUUGGAAUAUUACUUUAAAUAAACAUUUAGCAACUUUAUAAGGACAUUAAAGUUCUGUCAACGCAUUAAGAGGUUUUAGGGCUUUUCCAUCAGAAAUGAAUAUGGGAAAAUAAUUAAAAAAUACUAGUUUAGCUAAAUUAUUAAUAAGGGGUGGAAUGGGCGAUCAUUAAGUAAUAAUAUGGGAUAUAUAAAAACAUUAACCAAUAAGGGUAUUAAAAAGACAUACAAACAGUAUAACUAGUAUAUUAAGUGUAAAAGACGGAAGAACAUUAUUAACAUCUUCAUAAGAUGGGUCAAUCAUUAUAUGGGAUGUUCUAAAUGGAAGUGUAUUAGCAUAAAUGUAGGAACAUAAUGGGUCUGUAAAUUGCAUUGCUAUAACAAAAGAUGGAAAUAACUUACUUUCGGGUUCAUCAGAUAGGACUAUUAAAGUUUGGGGUUUACAACAUAUAUUUAAUGUGGGUUUAUAGAGAAAAGUUUUAGAUAAAUUCAUUUUCGAGAAAAGUUUGUAGGAUAAUUGUCAUGUUUUUUCUAUUAAUUCUUCCCAUAUGGAUUCUUCGAUUAUAUUUACAGGAGGAUCUGAUUCAAAGAUUAAAACAUGGAAUAUUUCUACUGGAAACAUCGAAAGGGAAAUUGUUGGACAUUAAAGUGUAGUUUCUGAACUUUUACUAUUCGAAAAUCCCUUUGAUGGUAAAAAAAAUAACUAUAUGAUAUUAAGUUCGGGAAAUAGUGAUGAAUUAUUAAGAUUAUCAAAUCCUAUUUCUCCUAUUAAUAAUGGAAUUAUGAUUGAUGAGAGAUUAUAACAUGAAUAGGCUACUUAAUGUUCCCCUAUUAUGUAGAUUUUAAGAAAUAAUACUGAUAAUACUAUCAGAGUAGCUAUCAUUACUUAAGAUUCAUAGGAAAAAUUCUUUCUUAUUUUUAGAGUAAGGACUGUUUAUUGA